AUGGCAGAUGUCUUUCCACCAUCGUACGAAUCCGCCACUACACGAGAUGUAUGGCCGGUGAUUGCACCGUAUAUUCUCUGUGCAGCAGACCUAUGCUCUGCCUCUCUCGUCUGUCGCACAUGGCAUGAGAUAUUUGUCCCGAUCUUAUGGGGUGCUCCAGCCUCGCAUUUUGGGGCCAGAGAUGACGCCGUCUAUGGUGAGCAAUACCAGAACCCUCACAGCAAGAAGCAUCUAUAUUCACUGCAAAUUAAUACGGCAAAAGUCGCCUUGACUCGAUUUAGGAGAGUGCUGAACAUAUCACGUUCAAGUGUUCGGCAGUUCACGCAUACCUUACAUCUUCCGCCUGCGCUGUCAGAGAUAUAUGGUGAACCGCCGCCGAGUUGGCUGCAUGAUUUUGUGGAAUAUCUCCCCAAUCUGCAGUCUCUACUUGUUUCUAGGCUUCCCUUCUUUGAUCACGGGUCUCUCGUCGCGCUGGGAAAAGGAGAUGAGUAUAAUCUCCGUCUCCUGCUAGCUGAACGUGAGCUGAAUGCGACUUCAGUUGGGUUGACUGCUGCACUGAAGCGUUUCCUGCGCCUGGUAUAUCUUGACCUAUCAUAUACCACUGCUGCAAGGGAUUCUGUGGUUCUCUUUGCCUUGAGCCAGCUGCGAGAUCUACAGGUUUUUAAGCUACGGGGGGUUGGGUUGCAGGAUGAUGAUAUGGCAGUUCUGUCUAGGUCUAUUCAGGAUCGUGUCAGGGUCCUUGAUAUUCGAGACAACCGUCUUUCUGAUCGAGGGCUGAGCCUUUUAACCAGGUAUUGCUUCCUGCCAUAUGGUGGGGGUCACACUGGCGCUCAUGUAAAUGCACAUUUUGGCCCUCUGACGGGUGCUUUACUUGCUGGUUCUAUCCGUAGUGAACGGCUCGACGGUCAUCUCUUACGGCUGUUCACAAGACGGCUAAGUGGGCUUUCUGCACUGGAAGAGCUCCCACAUGCUGGCAUAACUCAUCUAUACGUUGCAGGCAAUAAAAUAUCUGCGGACAGCCUAAUAAGCCUACUGCAUACAAGGAGGUUGAAUGUGUUGGAUGCUGGAGAUGUGGACACCAAAAUGGAGAAACUUAUACCAAUAUUCAGGAGUCCAACUGCACAAGGACUCACUUAUCUUAGAGUACACCAUUCCAUAUUAACGCAUGGAACGAUUGGUGUCGACUAUGUGCCAUCCAAGGAGACCCGUGAUGGUCUACCCUUGAACGAAAAGGAGCCAUCAAUGAUCCAGAGACUGCUGGCGAAGAGGCCGACUUUGUACCAGGAGACAGCGGAUAAACCCCUGUGUCUUCAUCCCUCCAACAUCUCCCAUAUUCAAACAUUGGUUCUUAUAGAUGUACCGGCGUUUGUUCCCGAGUCAUCUCCCAUCAUUUCUUCACUCACUCGCUUCAUCUCCGCCUGUGCAGAUGAGUCUCUUCUUGCCUCGCUGCAAGCCCAGUCAAACUACUCCCUCCCCCCGGGCCAGUACCGCGCCAAAGCAAUCCAGCAACACUCAAAGGAGCUAUUUGCUCUUAACACAAUCGUCUUAGAAGUGGCACCUACCGGAAAGCUGGAUAAACUGGAGACUCUACCCACCUGGGCUCCUACAAGCUACUACCAGCCAGGUACUUUUAAAUCCAGUACUGGGGAUCUAGACUCUGAGAAACUGUGGGCAGCAGCAGCAAAUGAUUUCAGUUUCUUUGAUCAAGACGAAGAAGGUCAGGGGGUGCGCUCAGCAUUAGACUCAGUCCGAGAUCAACCUCCAGCUCGGAUGGUGGAUUUGAUAGCUGAAUUAGCGGCGUUCCGACGAGAGAAACGAGAUGCAUAUAAUAAUAAGAUCCAGAACAAGCACAGUAGAAUACUAACUGCCGAUGGCCACUGGAAGGGAGAAGUAAAGAUCGUGAGGAGCCGUCUUUGA